UCCGGCACGCGCCACCUCUGUGUUACUCUUCAACACAGGAAGGUUGAGCGCAGGUUCAGGACAGCGGAGACAACCUGCGGAUCCAGCGGGACGAGCCGCGACUGAACCCAGCAUCGAUUUAUUUCCACUCGGUCACUGACCUCAGCUCAGCCCGAGGAGCCUGUCGGGAUUUCACCGUGUCCAGCUGCAUUGGAUGACAUCCCGGUGUCGGACAACAUUGAACAGCGCUGCCAUGCCGUCUCUGCGACACUCCUAUACGGUCACUGUGCCGGAGGAACCGGCCGCUUUCCCCCUGGACAAACCGGACCUGCGGCGCAAGAGUCCUUCGCUGUCCCGGUCCAUGCUGGUGUCCACGUUCAUGGGUCUGAUCAUCAACCAGGCCAAGAACAAGAGUCCUCAAGGCUUGGUGGGACUGAGGAACCUGGGCAACACAUGUUUUAUGAACUCAAUCCUACAAUGUCUGAGCAACACUCCAGAGCUGAGGGACUACUGCCUGAGGAACAGUCAUCGCACAGACCUCAACAACAACUGCAGGACGAACGCCGCUCUCAUGGAAGAGUUUGCUAAGCUGACUCAGAGCCUGUGGACCUCUGUGAACAACGAGGCCAUCAGUCCCUCUGAUUUCAGGAGCCAAAUCCAGAGAUACGCUCCCAAAUUUGUGGGCUGCAAUCAGCAGGACGCACAAGAGUUCCUGCGUUCGUUACUGGAUGGUCUCCAUAAUGAGGUGAACAGAGUGACAGUCUGCCCUAAGGUGUCAGUCGAGGACUUUGACCACCUCUCGGAUGAUGAGAAAGGCAGACGGAUGUGGAAUAUGUACUUGGAGAGAGAGGACAGCAAAGUAGUGGAUCUUUUCGUCGGGCAGCUGAAAAGCUCUCUGACCUGCGCCGUCUGUGGCUUCCGCUCCACUGUGUUUGAUCCAUUCUGGGACCUAUCAAUACCUAUUGCACAGAAAAGCUCAGGUGAAGUGACUCUCAAAGACUGUUUGAGACUCUUUACAAAAGAAGAUGUGCUGGAUGGAGACGAGAGACCGACGUGCAAGAAAUGUAAAGCCAGAAGGAAAUGCACCAAAAGAUUCAGCAUCCAGAAGUUCCCUCAGGUCCUCGUGCUUCACCUGAAGCGUUUCUCAGACUCAAAUGUCCGAGCCAGCAAACUCUCCACUUAUGUCAACUUCCCUCUCAAAGAGCUGGACCUGCGGGAGUUUGCCUCAGAGAACAGCGAGCGUGCGGUGUAUAACCUGUACGCAGUAUCCAACCACACUGGAAAUGCUUUGGGAGGCCAUUACACAGCUUACUGCAAGAACCCGGCGCUGGGGGAGUGGUACAGCUACAACGACUCCAGGGUGAGCCCAAUGUCCUCCAGCCAGGUUCGCAGCAGCAACGCAUACGUCCUUUUCUAUGAGCUGGCCACUUCUCCACACAGUAAAUACCAGACAUGUCGGCUUUAGGCACUGUGGAGGAGAGACAAGCUGUGCUCAACUGGGCCUGAAGAAAAUGGAGCCCAUUAGGAGAGAGCUCCACCUAGUGGACAAAGUCCUGCCAUUACAGACUGUGAAUAAGGAGCAGUUGCUGAGGAGAAAAAAAACCUUUAACCUUCAUCUCAGUGUGUUUUUGAGAGGAAAAAAAAGGUGGAUGUGAAGGAACUUUGCACUUCAGCUUUUCAAGCUGAGCUCAUGUGUUGGGUGGAACUGAACUGACACUGGGAAAACACUGCUUCCAUUGUCAUGAAAGUAUAAAAAUUCAGCUCCAGGCGUAGCUGUCAGUCAAGCCUAAAAUGUCUAUUUGGAGCAGAGCAUCAUCUCUGCAGUGCACAUGCAGCAUUUUCAUUCCAAAAAAAAAAAAAAAAAGACAUUUCACAGCUGUUCCUGGACCUGAAUUCAAACUUUUUCUCGUCAACUGAGUGGAUUUUUUUCUUCUUUUUUUGCACCUUGAACAUUAUUAUAUGAGGACAUUACAGACUUGAAAAUGUCCCACACACUGACUGCAAGAUAUAAUUUAUUCUAUUUAAUAUGAUGCCAGUAAUUUAAAGUGCAUACUGUUUAUAUCAUUUAACAGGCGUAUGAUUUUCCUCUUAGAGCAGUGGAGCUCCUCUGAUAGAGAGGGGAUGUUUUAUGUCAAAGCAUAUUUUAUUUUUGUACAGUAUUUAUGGGCAGCGCAGUGAAUGUAACUGUACUGUGGAAAAACCAGACAUACCAAAGCAACUGUGUAAAUAUGCAUCAGUAAUACUCCUUCCAGGAAUAAAGUUGCUGACUUUACAUCUAAGCCGGUUCAGAGACUUCAAAUGAUUAAAAUUCAGUGUGAACUUA